UUCUGGAAUCUGCUUGCCGGCGCCCACAUUCAUUCCGCACCUCAAGAACUCCUUCGAUCUCAAAAGAUGACUCAGACCGCCACCAAGGACCGCACCUUCCUGUUCACGUCCGAGUCCGUGAACGAGGGCCACCCGGACAAGCUCUGUGACCAGAUCUCCGACGCUGUGCUUGAUGCCUGCGUGUCGGAGGACCCCAACUCGCGCGUUGCCUGCGAGACGUGCGCCAAGACCGGCAUGGUCAUGAUCUUCGGUGAGAUCAGCACAAAGGCCAUCGUCAACUACGAGAAGGUCAUCCGCGACACCAUCAAGGAGAUCGGCUACGACGACCCCGCCAAGGGCCUCGACUACAAGACGGUCAACGUCAUUGUGGCCAUCGAGCAGCAGUCGCCCGACAUCGCCCAGUCUGUGGACUCGGUGACGGACGAGGACGUCGGCGCCGGUGACCAGGGUAUCAUGUUCGGAUACGCCUCGGACGAGACGCCUGAGCUUAUGCCCCUGUCGCACGUGCUGGCUACCAAGCUCGGCUCUAAGCUGACUGAGGUGCGCAAGAACGGUACGCUUGACUGGAUUCGCCCCGACGGCAAGACCCAGGUCACCGUUGAGUACAAGCAGGAGGAUGGCCGCAUGGUGCCGCAGCGUGUGCACACCGUGGUCAUCUCCACCCAGCACAACGACGAUGUGACCAACGAGCAGAUCGCUGCUGACCUCAUGAAGCACGUCAUUCAGACCGUUAUCCCGGAGAAGUACCUUGACGACAAGACGGUGUACCACUUGAACCCCUCUGGACGUUUCGUGAUCGGUGGCCCUCACGGUGACGCCGGUCUUACUGGCCGUAAGAUCAUCAUCGACACCUACGGCGGCUGGGGCGCCCACGGUGGCGGUGCCUUCUCGGGCAAGGACACGACCAAGGUCGACCGUUCGGCUGCCUACGCUGCCCGAUGGGUUGCCAAGUCGGUUGUGGCCAAGGGCCUUGCCCACCGUCUUCUUGUGCAGCUCUCGUACGCCAUCGGUGUGCCCUACCCGCUGUCAAUCCACGUCGACUCGUACGGCACGGUGAAGGAGGGUCUGACUGACGACGACCUGGUGGAGAUCAUCAAGAAGAACUUCGACCUGCGUCCGGGUAUGAUCCAGAAGACUCUGCAGCUGAAGCGUCCGGUGAUGCAGAAGACUGCCGCCUACGGCCACUUCGGUCGCGAGGACGCGGACUUCACGUGGGAAACGGUGAAGGAGCUCGAGCUGUAAGGUGCUGGGAGCUGGAUGAUGUGUAUAUUGUCUCCUGCUUAUUAUUUGCCCAGUACUUUAGCCGCUACGAGAAAAUCACUCCGCCGUCAGCUUUCCAGUGAUGGAGAGUGGGGUGGAAUCGGCUCUGCCGUAUCCGGUGUCUGCGCUUUCGGUGCAGAAGAACUGCACACUUGACUCCUGCUGUCAAAUGUCCAUUCUUCUUGCUGAUUUUGCGUUGCGGAUAUGAGCAGUUUGCCCAUUCCACUGUCUCACAUGUUUCGUCUUUAGCUUAGGAAAAUGGUUAACGUCGAAAUGAAAUAGGUUAGCGCUCAAAUGUUUCUUUAGUUGCU